GAGGGGGAGGAGGAGGGGGAGGCUCCUGAUACCAAGACACGGAAAAGCAGGGGAGGGAAAGAGAGAAAGAAAAAGGGGCUGGUGGAGAAAGAACAGCGGGGAGUUGGAGAAAUCGGGGAAUAACAUUCAACAGAAAGCACACAGAGGAGUGGAGGGACAGAACCUAACGCUUUGGACAUCCCCUCCUUUCUUCUCUCAGACUGUCACGCCAGAUUGGACUCGGAAGGACCGACACUGCGUCCACGCCAGACCCCAUGGGGUAACAGAUGUUUGGAAGAGAGGCUAUUGUUCAGCUACACAGAUGAACAACAGGAAGGAGGACAUGGAGAUCUCAUCUCACUAUCGUCAGCUCCUCAGAGAGCUCAAUGAGCAGAGACAGCAUGGCAUCCUCUGUGACGCCUGUGUCAUUGUGGAUGGAAAGAUCUUCAAAGCCCACAAGAACGUCCUUCUGGGCUCCUCCCGAUAUUUCAAAACUCUUUACUGCCAGGUUAAAAAAGGGGCAGAGCCUCACCAUCAGACUACUGUCACUCACCUGGACAUUGUCACGGCGACAGGCUUCAAAGCCAUCCUGGACUUCAUGUACUCGGCACACCUUGCUCUCACCAGUAAGAAUGUGAUCGAGGUCAUGUCGGCCGCCAGCUAUCUGCAAAUGACAGACAUUGUCCAGGCCUGCCACAGCUUCAUCAAAGCUGCUCUGGACAUCAGCAUCCGCUCUGAGAUGGCUGAUGAGCUGGCUGACUUUGAAAUGGGAGCUGUUGCUGCAGGUUUAGGAGGAGGUGGAGGAGUUGGAGGAGGUGGAGGAGGAGUGGGUAUAGUAGGAGCAGGGGUUGUACCGGGAGCAGGUUUAGGAGGAGGGGGAGGUGGGCUAGUGGGCAUGGCUUCUGAGGCCUUAGCCUCCAUCAUGUCUGGUCGCAGCACCUCCCCGUGGCUGGCACGCCGCACCAGCCCAGCCAACUCUUCUGGGGACUCAGCCAUCGCCAGCUGCCACGAGGGAGGCAGUACUUAUGGAAAAGAGGACCAGGAACCCCCAAAGAGUCAUGAGAGCCAGGAGGAAGCCUGCCAUGACUCUCAACCCGCCUGGCCACAUGACUACAGGCCCCUCAAUGUCAAAGAGGAGCAGGUCUCCCCUGCUUCCUCUUCUCAUCCAAGGGACACUCCCAAGGGAGCAACCCAAAGUCAGGCGGAGCAAGGGGCUGGGGGAGCUGGUGGAGCGAGUGGAGAAGGGCCUUGGCAACCCCUUUCAGGGUCAGGGCGAAGGAAGAACAGGAAGAACAAAGACACAGUUAGACAUAUUACCCAGCAGGCUGAGAGGAACUGGGACCGGGAGCGGGAGCGGGAAAGGGACAGUAGGCCUGGAUCUCCUCUGCCCUCCAUGCUGGGUGUCACUGGAUGGAACUACAAUGGACAGGACAUCCCAGGGGCAGACGUGACCGAACCCAACAGCUCAGACAGCCGCGGCGAACGCCUCGACUUCUUCCUCAAGCAGGAAGAGGCUCUCACCACAGAGCCCGGCUUCUUGGGCACCAACGAAUCGGAGGAGGCCAGCGGAGGAGCCGGGGGUGGAGGGAUCUCAUCUGUGGCCAACCUGAAGGCGGCCCUGAUGAGUAAGAACAGCCUGCUGUCGCUGCGGGCUGAAAUGAUGGGAGAUGAUAACCCCUUGCUGUACGAGUACCUGCCCAAAGGAGGACACUCCCUGUCUUUGAAUGACUUCACAGUGAUUCGUAAAAAGUUCAAGUGCCCCUACUGCAGCUUUUCUGCUAUGCACCAGUGCAUCCUUAAGAGGCACAUGCGCUCCCAUACCGGUGAAAGGCCCUACCCCUGUGAAAUUUGUGGCAAGAAGUUCACUAGAAGAGAGCACAUGAAGAGGCACACGUUGGUCCACAGCAAAGACAAGAAGUAUGUGUGUAAAGUGUGCAGCCGCGUCUUUAUGUCAGCAGCCAGUGUUGGAAUCAAACAUGGCUCCCGUCGUCAUGGCGUCUGCGCUGACUGCUCAGGCCGGGGCAUGGCGGCACUGCUGGACCACAACGGGGAGGUGGGUGGGGACAUCUCUCCAGAGGAGGAGCUGUAUCCUGGGGAUCGUUUCCACGAUGACCAGGCAGAGUGUGACGGGGAAGGGGAAGAGGAGAUGAUGGUCGAAGGGGACACGGAGAUUCUAGGAGAAGGAGAGGAAGAAGGGGGCAAGUGGAAGGACUCAGGGAUGACCGCUGAGGCACACAGAGCACUGGACAAUGAGAAAGAGGAGAGUGAUUCCUCGGCUCAGGAGGGGGAGCAGCAGAACGGGAGUGAGAGGGACUUUGCUUGGAUCUCCUAGAACUUGUCAGGCUCCUGUUAGUGGCUCAAAAACCAGUCUCUGAAGAUCUCUUGCGAUCUCUCUGGCAGAUUCCUCUGCUCUUUUACCCAUUCGUCCCACCGUGGGCAGGCCUUCCUUUGAAUGGAGAAGCUGUAGGAUGAUGCGCAACAAUGAUCUAACACCAUUCUGAGUAACACUCAAUACACAAACACACACACACCUGAUGCUAUUCUGAACCUCAAAUGCCAUAAAAGAAGAGUGACAAAGAGAUGGCUUGAGUGCAAGGCUUUUUUUCUCCUUACCUCCUUUACUUCAGAUGCAGUGUUUUUUGUGUUUCUUUUUCUUGAGGGUUCAGGCCAGAGUCCAACACUUUUCUACUCUGUUAGAACAGGAAUCGACGAGGACGCUGCCAAGGACAUGGCCAACGCUAGACUGCAACUUUGUAUGUUUGCCAUCACAAUCACCAUGGUAACCAAGGAUAACAGACAGAGUAGGGAAAUAGCCAGAAGAGGGGUGUCUCCGUCCCUCCUUGGCUGUAAUGUUUCUGAGGGAAAGUGUCUCUUUGAGUGAAGACUGAGAGAGUCUAAAUCUACUGCAAAGAUAUGAGUGUCAGGGAACUGGGAAGCCCAACGGCACAUUGUUGAUGCAGAGUCCUACUGCCACAGACUUGCACUUUAAUGACAAACGGACUUCUAUCAAAGCCCUGAACCCGUGGUUUACAUUUUUGAUCUGAUCUUUACUUACCUAAACAACUCGGUGACCGCACCUACCUUUAAGGAUAUACUUUAUGUCCUCUUGACUGUUAUCACAAUAUAGAAAUCACUGAAUCUUUGUGCAGACUGCUGUUUAUAUAGCCUAUGCCUUUCAGUGGGGUCCUUAAUCUUUUCUUCACCUAAGUUCACCACCUGAUUUCUAUCAAUUCAUUCCAAUAGAUAUUGGAGAUUUUACAAAUGUACAUAUGAUUCUUGGGAUUUAAAAGAGGGGGAUAAAAGCUGUGUGAGACAGAGAGAGACAGAGAGACUGAACAAUCUUUUUACAAUUUAUGUGAGAGUUUUAAAAUGGACAUCUGUGUCUGCUUUUCUGUUCUAAAAGUGAAGUUGAGCUCACAGCGGACCUACCCCACACUAAUAAUGCUUUCUGUCUCUCUCACUGUCUCUGGUUCAGUGUCUCCCACACUGGAAGUUGUGAUGAUUGGACCUGAGAGCCAAGCCUCUCACACCAGAAGAGGAACUGCCUUUGUUAUUUUUAUUUUAUGUUUUUUUUUUUUUUUUUUUUUUCAACAUUCAUGUUAUUCAAGUUUCUGGAUAUAGCAUAUGCAGACUCUCUCCAUGGUUAAUCUCACUUUUGGUUAUACACUUUCUCCAGUUUUCUAAGAUUAAAAAAGGGAUCAGAAUUGUGCUUAUAAUUCAGAGUUUCAGUAUUUGUAGAGAGUGUAAUAUUAAUUUGUUAUUUAUUGAAAAACCUGUUUGUGGAUUUUUGAGAAGUCAUUCCCUUUUCUUUCUUUCUGUGUGUGUGUGGAACAGGAUGGAUGUUUGUUUGCCUGAAUGAUUGUUAAGAAUCCAAAAAAAAAAAAACCUACUUAAUUUUUAAAAAUUAUUUCCAUGUUUUUGGGGAAGUUUAUGACAAUUCAAGUGAGGCUGAGGACAUGUGUUAUUAUUAUAAUAAAUAUCAGAAUUAUGAUUACGGUUGUUGAUGUUACUAUUAUUAAUUAUUAUUAAGUGCUGGAUGCUAAGCUUCAUUGUGUGUUCCUUUGUUUUAUUUUUUUUUUUUAUUAUUAUUUUUUUUUUUGUUAUUUUCUUUUUUGGAGUAUAUUUUAUAUCUUGUAUAAGAAAAAAAAAAGCUUUUAUACUUUGUCUUGUUGUGGACAGCAAGCCAUGGGGCUUUUAUCAACCUUUUUAUUGUGCCAGUUUAUGCUUUUUCUGUCGUACUUGCUUCUUUUUUUCUUCUUUUUUUAAGCAAGAGAGCGGGGGGAGACACAUUCACUGUCCAACUUCUCGGUUAGAUAUUGAUUGAAGCAUACAUUCAGCACAUGCUUUUGCAUCACCAAUGUACACUAAUUGAUUUAUAUCGAACCAAAAACAAUCUUGUACUUUGUAUACAUGAAGUGCUUUUGUUUCACAGUCUGUUAGUGCAGGUGCUUUGGAUUUAUUGUUGUGGUAAACUGCUUUAUUGUUGGAUUGUUGUUUUUUUAUUUUUGAACCUUUCACUAUUUGUCACAUUUUGAUAAGUGCACAUGUUAUUUUAUUAUUGUGAAUAUGAAGGGCUGUGUGAAAGGACCAGCCAGCUUUUGAAGAGUGCAUCUUAAAUAUUGAACAGAAUAGGACUGAUAAUAUUAUUUUUGUUUGUUUGUUUGUUUUCUCUGGUUUUUACUGGCUCACAGCUCAAAUAAGACACAAUCAAGUAGUGAUGCAGUGUGUGGAUAAAACGCUACUCUUAGCAGCGUGCUGAGUCCACUAUACUGGUAUUUCUAUCAGCCGGUGUUGUGCUGGCUCGACUUAAUUUAAAAAAAUAAGAAGGAAAAAGGAAAAAAAGGAAAAAUCAAAAAAGAUAAAAAAAAACAAAAAAAACAACAACAACAAAAAGACAGUGAAGUGGGUGCUGCAGUAGUGACUCUGGGAAACAUGUUGUUGCCAGUGCUGGUCACACACAUCAGGCCUCUCUGCUACAGGUGCCAUGAACUGCACUUCCCAUUAACCCCUGCUGAGAAACUCAGCACAAUUUGUGAUGCUUUCUUCAUAUCUGGCAACUUUAUUUCUCAUUUAUUCUGUUUUGUUUGACCCAUUAAUCAAACAGUUGUUCUUUUUCUGAGAUUAAAAAAAAGAAAAAAAAAAAAAAGAAAAGGAGAAAGACAAUGGGAAGAAAUUUUUAUGAAUGUUAAUUGUGGGUGUGGAAGGAGCCCAUGAUCAGUGACAAAUCUCUGUCCUGUGGUGCUUUUAUGGCCACUGAGAGACAUCUGGAUGUAUGUGUGAGUCCCCGGCUCCGUGCUCUUCUCACGACCUGUACUGUAUGUCCACUUCCUCAUUCUGAGUUGUACUUCAGGAAAACACCUGCCAUCGACCCCUCGAUAUGUGCCUCAAUAACAUUUCACCUGCAUGCUUGUGAGAGUGUCUGAUUUCUGAGAGAUGACUGAAUAUUUGUAUCAAUGGUUAGAGAUUACAGAGAUGUGACUGAUCUGAUUGGAGGUGCAAAAUGUUUUUGACAACAAAACUUCGAGACAAAUCAAGAUGGGCAACUAGAUUCUCCUUCCCACUGUGUGUUAAUGACCUUUUGUGCCCUGAUUCUGUGGUCUUAUCUGCAUGCCUGUGUUCAUUUUGUCAUACCAAAGCAACAUAUUCGGCAUCUGCACACAACUGUUUCAUUCCACACAAUGCAAAACUGGAACUGUUUGCUCUUUUGCAGAUGAAUAUGGGUAUUCUUAGACGUGUACAGAUUGCAAUCCUCAUUUUAGCCUGUAUAGCUUGAUUCUCUUGUGCAAAUCAUGAAGCCAUAGAUAUGGGUAUAUCUAUAUGAUACUAUAUUUCAAAACUGGCGCUUUUUACUUUAGAUUUUGUUCUUCUACUAAGAGUGUGGUGUGUAUACCUUCAUAUAUAUGAAUUUAUAUUACUAUUAUAUAUUAUUUAUUUUCUCUCUCAAGUUUCAGAGGGUCUUUGAUUUGUAAAAGUCGCACUUGAAGCUUGAGGUUUGUUUAUUUUCAUUGGGAAUAUUGUUCAAUAUGAUACUGACUUUAUAUUGAUUAUUAUCAUAUUCCUGUGUUUGUAACAAAAUGUGCUAAAUAAUCAAAAAAAAAAAAAAAAAAAAAAAAACUGUCCUGUUUUUACACCUGUUUUGUUUUGGGCAGAUUUAAGUGCUCUUGUGCGAAUAUUUUUUUGGUUGAUAGUACUGAUCACAGAACAUUUUUACAGCCAACCAUGAGCCUCCUGUUUUGAUGUUGGGUCAGGCCUGUCAGCCGUCCAAGCCUCUUUCUAAGUUCAUGUUUAGUGGAAAAUAUAGCUUAAUUAUUAUUUGCAAAAAUCAAUCAGUCUCAAUAAAUUUUGAAAUUGCUGCUGUAAAGAAGU